AUGGACGCUUACAACUUUCCUGACUACCGCUUGAAAAAGAAAAUGGACGACCCCUCCAAGACGCCUCUCCUUUUAGUUGCCUGCGGGUCCUUCUCACCUAUAACUUUUCUGCACCUGAGAAUGUUUGUCAUGGCCGCCGACUACGUCAAAUUUAGUACGGAUUUUGAAAUAGUCGGUGGUUAUCUUUCCCCAGUGUCGGACGCCUACAAAAAAGCAGGAUUGGCAAGUGCGGAACAUCGUGUUGCUAUGUGCCAAUUGGCCAUCGACCGUACGUCUAAUUGGCUAAUGGUUGAUUCUUGGGAAGCGGAGCAAAAAGAAUAUCAACCUACCGCUGUCGUUCUUGAUCACUUCGAACACGAGAUCAACAUUAUAAGGAAGGGCAUUGAAGCCGCAAAUGGCGAACGCAAACAUGUCCGUAUUGCCCUUCUCGCCGGUGCCGACCUCAUCCAGACAAUGUCAACACCAGGGGUAUGGAGCGAGAAGGAUCUCGAUCACAUUCUCGGCAGAUACGGGACUUUUAUAGUGGAGCGGUCGGGCACGGAUAUUGACGAUGCGCUCGCCAGUCUACAACCUUGGAAGGAGAACAUAUAUGUUAUCCAGCAACUGAUACAAAAUGACGUCAGCAGCACCAAGAUUCGACUAUUCCUGCGGCGUGGAAUGAGCGUGCACUACUUGAUACCAGCGCCAGUGGUUGAGUACAUUGAGCAGAACCAUCUUUUCACGGAAGAUGGCCCUGCCUCCAGCACUCAUUCAGUCAACCAAGAAAAAGGCAUGGGCAAGGAAAGUGUGGGCUGA